UUUAUUUUAAUUGUAGAUAUUUAAGUCUUUUAUGGUACAAACUACAUUUUUCUCUCUCUCUCUUUCAUUAUAAAAUAUCUCAAUUCCAUCAACAUUAAUCACAUGUAUUAAACAUUGUACAUUGGGUCAUGCUAUUCCAUUUGUGUCACUAGCAGUUGAUGAGUUGCAUGAGGAACAAAAAAAUGUCCUAUGUAUUUUCGAAGCUCAAAGUUAUUAAUUUAAGUGUUCUUGUUAACAUGAUAUAUGAUAAAAUACUUUUAGAGUAACAUUUAUUUUUUUAAAAAUCAUGACUACGAAUUUCGAGUGGCACGGCUUAAUGGUUAGCAUUGUCGCCUCAAAGCAAGAAGGUGACUGGUUUAAGUCCCAGCUGGGUCAGUUGUCAUUUAUGUGUGGAGUUUGCAUGUUCUCCCUGUGUUUGCAUGGGUUUCCUCCAGGUGCUCAGGUUUUUCUCCACAGUUCAAAAACAUGCGCUAUAGGUGAAUUGAAUAAACUAAAUUUACCGUAGUGUGUGUGUGUAAAGGCAACCGUGUAUAGAAGUUUGCUAGUACUGGGUUGCGGCUGGAAGGGCAUUCGCUGUGUAAAACAUAUGCUGGAAUGGUUGGCAGUUCAUUACACUGUGGUGACCCCUGAUAAAUAAGGAACUAUGUCGGAGGAAAAUUGAGUAACAAAUCUCACAUCCGUGUUGACUAACAUUAAUUUUUUUUUUUCAAAUUUUUAGCAUUUUAAUUCACCAUCGUAAUUUUAGAGCUAGUAUUUGAAUGAUUCUCUAGCGUAAAGUCUAAAGUGAUGACAAAACAGGUGAUUUUGCUCACAUUUUAAGAUUAUAAGGCUGAACUGCAUGAAAUGCCAUCAGUCUAGAGACAUUUCCCAGUAUUUCUCUGUUGCAAUCUGGAUAUCACAAUAAUAAACCCUGAAAAAGCCAAAGUAACGCAAUCACUACCAGAUUACUGUUGUGUUUGCAAUAAGGAAAAACGCUAAACACAUGCAUGCUUUCUUUCACAUUCUUCUUUCUUUUUACUGAACUCCCAUACACUCUCAUUCCCACACAUACACUAUGGACAAUUUAGCUUAUUCAAUUCACCUAUAGCACAUGUCUUUGGACUUGUGGGGGAAACCCACGCAAACACAGGGAGAACAUGAUAACUCUACACAGAAAUGCCUGCUGACCCAACCCAGCAAUGCCAACUGACCUUCUUGCUGUAAGGCAAUCGUGCUACCCACUGCGCCUCUGUGGCGAUAUUUGGGAAAAAUAUUACAUUUUUUAAUUUUUGUAAUGAACAAAAAAAAAAAAAAAAAAAAUCUGAAAUUGUUUAAAGAUUUUAGUUUGUUAUAUAAAAACAAUAUUUUGUUAAAUUAAAUCUUUCUAUUCCUAAAGAUGAAUGUCACACAAUGAAUGAAACUGUUUAAUAAAACAGUUCAUUUAAACUGUACACGCACCAAAAUAUGAUCUAUUUUCACUGAAAAUAGAUCGAAAUAUGAUUUUUCAAAUGGGGUGUACUCAUUUAUGACGUGCACUGUAUGUAAUAAAAUAUAUAAAAAGACUAUAAAACAUACUAGAAAAAGUCGUUUCUAACUUACUCAACUAUGUUCCUUCCUACAGAGAAACAAUGUGAUAAUUUCCAAUCUGGAUUUGAAAGCAUUUCAUACCACAGAAACAGCACUCUUUCAGAAGUUAUAAUACUAAUAACAAGUUAUUUGAAGGGUCUCCGUAGGGGUGCACGUCAACCGCCUGAAGGUGUUACCAAUGUACAACUGUCCAAUAAGAGGACCUGUAACAAAGGAUGGGGCAACGUCUGUUUUGAUUGGCUACGAAGCCGAGCUGGGACGAUGGAUGCGCCCUGGCGAAUGCGGUCUGACAUUCAUACUCAGCAAAACGUUCACGCGCAUCGCGUGAUUCAGAGGAUUACAGAACAUACGCAUCUGCUUCCUUUCAGAAAAAAAUAUUUGUGAGUUAUCCUGACGCGUACUUUAUCAGUACGUUGUUAUAUUUACUGGCUUUGAAAGGUCCGGAGUUUCUUGUUUAAAGUCAUACUGUACAUCACCUGUUUCCGGGUAAUUCAACGAUCCCCGAAACAUGGAUUUCAUUCUCGGUGGCGUCGCUGCGUGUGGUGCCUGCUUCUUUACAAACCCACUGGAGGUUGUGAAAACUAGAAUGCAAUUGCAAGGAGAGCUGAAAAGUCGAGGAACAUACCAGGUGUAUUACAGGAAUGUAUUUCACGCCUUUUACACGAUAGGCAAAAUAGAUGGACUGGCUGGUCUGCAGAAAGGUUUGGUCCCCGGUUUGGUUUAUCAGUUUUUUAUGAAUGGAAUCCGGCUUGGUUCGUACGCCAUCACCGAGUCCUUGGGCUACAUUCACACGGACGGAAGGGUUAGCGCUACGAAGAGCACAGUGUCUGGGGCAAUUGCUGGUGUUGUGGGCGCUGUAAUGGGCAGCCCGAUUUACCUAGUAAAAACACAUCUUCAGUGUCAAUCCACUUCCUCUAUUGCAGUUGGACACCAGUAUAAGCACAGGGGAAUGACAAAUGCUCUAUUGGCCAUCCACAAACAGCACGGAAUUUUGGGCUUGUGGAGGGGAGCAAGCGCAGCGAUCCCAAGGGUUAGUGUGGGAUCAGCUGCUCAGCUCGCUACUUUCUCUGCCUCUAAAGAGCUGGUCAAUGACUUGCAGGUGUUCUCUGAGGGCAGCUGGUUAAUUGCUCUCAGUGCCGGUAUGAUUAGUAGCGUAGUGGUUGUACUAGCUAUGACACCUUUUGAUGUGGUCAGUACUCGACUCUACAACCAGCCUGUGGACCAUCUUGGCAAGGGGAUAUUGUACAGAGGUUUUGUGGACUGUUUCUCUAAGACACUGAAGAAGGAAGGUAUGACUGGUUUGUAUAAAGGCCUCGGAGCAUCCUACUUCCGCCUCGGACCUCAUACCAUCCUUUCUCUGCUUUUCUGGAACGAGCUUCGCUAUUUGUACCAAAGCUACAGCUAGUGUUUCCCUAUUGCCUGCAUCAGUAAAAUAUCAACUGACUUUAUCUAACUUAUGGAUUAAGGUCCAAAAAACCCUUGCUAUAUUGUUAAUGUAAUUCAGGCAUGUGAGCAGCUGAGGACAAAAAAGGAGGAAGAAGAGACGAGGAAAAUAUCAUAUAUCGCUAAAAAGAGUUUAUCAGUUUCACAUUCCCUUCGGCUUAAUCCCAGCUUUUUAGUGGUUUUAACUAAUUAUAAAAUAUAUUUUCAUAAAUUUGUAAUAUCUAAACUUACGACACUUUAAGGUAUUAAAUGUCAGGUGCUAGCCUGUAGAACUGAAUAAAUGAAAACAUAAGGACAGAUGACUUGUAAAGGAUAAUAACAAAUGUGCGUCAUGUGGCUUUAUUUAUAAUACUAUGGCAGUAUUACAAUGACAAAUGUGGUGAACGCAGUAUUCAGGGGCAUGUAAUACAAGCAUUCAAAUCUUGUUGUGCAAAUCUCGUGCCAAUUUCCACUGCUCGUGUGAAAAACUGCUCGUGCACUCAAAUAUAUGCAGCUCACGUGCAAAACUUCAUGUGUGCGCUCAAAUAUACGCUGCUCAUGCACAAA